AUGUCGUCUUUGACGCCCCAACAAGAAGCAGACCCGUCUGACGAUGAUGCGAUACACGACAUGGCUACGUCGGAGCUUGAUGAUGAAGAGGACGCUCCCGGUGAAGAAGACGCAGAUUUCGACGAAGAGACACCACCGCCAAACGCCGCAGGCGGAAUGCGACACGACAGAUCAUCAUCAGAGGAGAGCGCAAGGCCUGGCAAGCGGAAGGCCGAGGUCGAUGGAGAAGACUGGGAGCAGAAUCCGGAGUUGUAUGGCCUAAGGCGAAGCGGCCGAGCCAGACCAUCUCGUCGAGUGGUUGACAGCUCGGACGAAGAUGAGGACGAAGACGACGUUAACACCGGCCGUCGGCGGAAGCGCCAAAAGACCACCGGCACCAGGCCUACUUCGACACGACGAGCUGCCGCAUCUGAGCCUUCGCUAUCGGAUCUGGACUCGGAAGCAGACGACGUCUAUGGUGGUCAGCGCGGCCGGACAUUCGCCAAAAAGCAUCGCCAGCGCUUAAAGGCAGCUGGUUCUGGUGGCGACACGCCCAACCUAAGCGAGGUGCGAUUCUCGACACGGCGGGCUGCUAAGAUUACUACAUACAACGAGGACGAUGAUCUUGGGCUGAGCGACGAAGACACCGAGAACACCACACCCAACUACUGGACCUAUGUGGAUGACACGACCCCUGCCAUCGAUCAAGUCCUCAACCACAGACUCAAAGAAGGCGUCGACUCAGCCUCGGCAGAGAAGCACGACUUCGAGUUCUUCAUCAAAUGGCAAGGCCAGGCGCACUACCACGCGACCUGGGAGCCAUGGGCCUCCCUCACCUCCUACAAGGGCUUCCGCCGGCUCGAGAACUACUACAGGAAGAUCGUGAAGGUGGAUCUCCAAGUCAUGCAUGACCCGGAUGUGCCGCCCGAAGACAAAGAGAAGUGGAACCUCGACCGCGAAGCAUACCUCGACUCACUCACCGACUACAUGAAGGUCGAGCGUGUCAUCGGUGCAAGAGAUGGGGAAGAGGAUACUGAGUACUACGUCAAGUGGAAGGGAUUGUUCUACGACUCAUGCACGUGGGAGAGUGCAAGCUUGAUCGGCGAGCUGGCACAGACUGAGAUCGACCGCUAUCUCGAUCGCUCGUCCAAGCUGCCGACUUCUAAUCAGACCGAGACAAGGCUGGCCACACGCUCCGACUACAAGCCAUUCAGGACACAACCAUCGUAUAUCAAGGGUGGUGAGCUAAGAGAGUUCCAAAUUCAUGGUCUCAACUUCCUGGGCUACCACUGGUGCAAAGGCAACAACGUCAUCCUCGCUGAUGAGAUGGGUCUGGGCAAGACGGUGCAGACCGUCUCCUUCAUGAACUGGCUACGACACGACCGAGGUCAGCAAGGGCCAUUCAUUGUGGUGGUCCCUCUCUCCACCAUGCCUGCCUGGGCCGACACCUUCAACAACUGGACGCCGGACAUGAAUUAUGUCGUCUACAACGGCAAUGAAGCUGCUCGGAAGAUCAUCCGCGAGUACGAGAUGCUCGUAGACGGCAAGCCGAACAAGGUCAAGUUCCACGUUCUGCUCACCACCUACGAAUACAUCCUCGCCGACUCUGGCUUCCUGUCGCAGCUCAAGUGGCAAUUCAUGGCCGUGGACGAAGCUCAUCGAUUGAAGAACCGCGAGUCGCAGCUCUACGCCAAGUUGAUGGACUUUGGUGCACCGAGCAGGCUCCUCAUUACUGGCACGCCGAUGCAGAAUACCCUCAGCGAGCUUUCCGCGCUCAUGGACUUCCUGAUGCCGGGCAAGAUCUACGUCGAGGAGAACAUCGACCUCGCAUCCGAGCACGCGAGCAGGAAGCUGGCCGAGCUCACCGACGCCAUCUCACCCUACAUGAUCCGACGCACGAAGCAGAAGGUCGAGAAUGACUUGCCACCAAAGACAGAGAAGAUCAUUCGGGUCGAAUUGUCUGACGUCCAGCUCGAGUACUACAAGAACAUCCUGACCAGGAACUAUGCAGCACUGAAUGCUGGCUCGAAGGCACAGAAGACAUCUCUGCUCAACGUCAUGAUGGAGCUGAAGAAAGCCAGCAACCAUCCAUUCAUGUUUCCCAACGCCGAGGAGCGGAUUCUUGCUGGCAGCGAAGCCCGAGAAGAUCAGCUAAAGGCACUUAUCACGUCCUCCGGCAAGAUGAUGCUGAUCGACCAGCUGUUGACAAAGAUGAAGAAGGACGGUCACCGUGUGCUAAUCUUCAGCCAAAUGGUGAAGAUGCUCGACAUCCUGGGCGACUACCUGCAGCUCCGUGGCCAUCAGUUCCAACGACUCGACGGCACCAUCGCCGCCGGACCCCGACGCAUGGCCAUCGACCACUUCAACGCACCCAACAGCCAGGACUUCUGCUUCUUGCUGUCGACGCGUGCAGGCGGGCUGGGCAUCAACUUGAUGACAGCAGAUACCGUCAUCCUCUUCGACUCGGACUGGAACCCGCAGGCCGAUCUGCAAGCCAUGGCUCGAGCACAUCGUAUUGGACAGAAAAACCCUGUCACAAUCUAUCGCCUCGUCUCCAAGGACACUGUCGAGGAGGAGGUUCUCGAACGUGCACGCAACAAGCUCAUGCUCGAGUUCAUCACAAUCCAGCGUGGCGUCACGGACAAGGAUGCACGCGAGCUCGGUGAUCGUAUGGCCAAAGCGGGCGCCAAUACUAUUGAGCCCACCUCGUCAGACGACAUCUCUCGCAUCCUCAAGCGCCGUGGUCAGAAGAUGUUCGAACAGUCCAACAACCAGAAGAAGCUUGAGGACAUCGAUAUCGACGCUGUGCUCGAGAACGCCGAAGAGCAUAGAACCGAGCAACCUGAAGGCAUGACCACCGAUGGUGGCGAAGAGUUCUUGCGCAGCUUCGAAUACACAGAUGUCAAGAUCGACCUGGAGUGGGACGAAAUCAUCCCCAAGGAACAGCUCGACAAGAUCAAAGAAGAGGAGCGCAAGAAGGCCGAGCAGAAGUAUCUUGACGACGUCAUCGAGCAGAACCAGCCUAGGAAGCGGAAAGCGCCUGUUGACGAAGCACGCGAGCAGCGAGCAGCUAAGAAACGUGCUCGUGAUCUCGCCGCUGCAGCUGCUGCCGGAGGUGACGGCGAAUCCGACGAUGAGUCCGACACAGGCUUGGAUCCAAGGCGGCCACUCAACGAGAAGGAGUGCCGCAAUCUCCUCAAAGCGUUCGAGCGAUGGGGCUGGAUCGAAGAGAAGCCUGAAGAAGUUAUGCGAGAGGCUCGACUUGUUGGCCGCGACCAGGAAGUUGUUGCAGCGACCCUGCAUGACAUCCACGACACUGCGCUGCGCAUGUUGAAAGAGCAUGCGGAAGGACUCGCGGAGCUGGAGAAGUCCAAGCCGGUCACCAAGAAGGACAAGAAGGCGGUUCUGUUCGACUACAAUGGCGUCAAGCGUCUGAAUGCAGAGACCUUGAUCGAGCGACCGGAAGAGAUGCGCAUGAUCCGUGAUGUGGUCAGCGCUACCCCUGACUGGCGGAACUUCAGAGUACCGGAGGCGUCGAAGCCAGCUACGUACACGUCUGAGUGGGGUGCGCGCGAAGACGGCAUGCUGUGUGUCGGAAUCGCCAGACAUGGCUACGGUGCGUGGGUGCCCAUUCGUGACGAUCCUGAGCUGGGCAUGACCGACAAGUUCUACCUCGAAGAGCAUCGAGUCGAAAAGAAGGAAGAACGCAACAAGGCGGAAGAGAAGGUCGUCGCCAAGUCACCAGGCGCGGUCCAUCUCGUCCGCCGCGUCAACUACCUCCUCAGCGUGCUCAAGGACAAGACAAGCAACGGCACUAACAUGGCCGCCAAGAGAGCGCUCGAGAACCAUCACCGCAACAACCGCAAGCACGCCGGCCAGUUCUACGGCCGCAUGUCCACACCGACGAACGGUAGCCCUGCGCCGAGUGGCCUUCGCAAGAUGCACUCAAACGAAGACUACCGUCACCGGUCGCACAAUGGCACGCACGGCUCGCCCAAUGGCCACCGGAGGAGCAACGAGCACGACCGCCACAAGCACCGCCAUCCCGACGACCACCGCCCGCACAACCGCAAUAGCAGCGACAACAUCGAAGCCAGCAUUCGCCGCCUGAUGGACCCGGUCUCCGCCCAGCUCGUCCGCGUGUCCGGCGCCUCGAAGAAGAAGAUGCCAGACAGCGAGACCCGGCUGAAGAUCAUCAAGGAGGCGCUGCUGAAGAUUGGCAAGCACAUCAACUCGCUGGUCAAGGGCAAGGGGUUCAAGGAUAUGGAAGAUGGGUUGUGGAACUUUGUAAGCCAGCACUAUUGGCCGCAGGCGAAGCAAGAGGAUAAGAGGGUGCCGGGUGCCAAGUUGAAGGAUAUGUUUCAACGAGUGAUGGAGAAGGAGGGAGAUGGGAAGGUGAAGGGUGCGGGCGAGGGGAAGACGGCGACGCCUACUGCGAAUGGGACUGCGGGGGUGAAGAAGGAGGAGGAGCGUAAGAGCUCGGAUGUCAAGCAGGAGGCUAAGGCUAGCGAUGCGAACGGUACGAUCAAGGAGGAGAGUCCAGCAAGUCGACCGGAGGCGUCAAAGAUGGACGUCGACACGCCGGAGCCGAAGCGUGAGACGCUCGCGACUGCUGUGGCUGCUACGGGCGAAUAG